AUGAUUUGUAUCGGAUGGUCGUCCUGGGCAGAACGCGAUAUCGACUUCACCGUCUAUGCAGUCACCAGUACCUCUUAUAUGCUCAUACACAGACUUAGUGCCUUUGCUACGCAUGCAUCGAUGUGGAUCAUCACCCACAAGCACUCCACCCAUGAAACCACUGCUCAUCUUGGACCUGGAACGACCACCCUGCUUGGCCGUGAUUCCCAGUGUGACUAUGUGAUCAACAGCACUCUUGUGUCGAGGCAUCAGUUGGAACUUGUGACUGAGGCCAGUGAGCAGCUUCUUUAUGAACCCGAGUCGAGGACACCUUUAAAGGUCAAGGUCCUUUCCCGUGCCAGGUCUGUCAUCAAUGGCCAAGUGUACAAGUUGGGGAAAGCAGACACCAGUCCAUUGGAGCUAGACCUCACCCAAGAGGACCGCAUCGAAUUCAAGUUCCGGAUCGAUUCCAAGGACAAGCAAGAAGAAGUGACAACCAGCUUGAGAUGGACCACUUUCAACGUGUUGACAUACCCUGGACCCAUGGAAGUCAACGGAAGCAUCGAGCAGAGUCCCUUGCCUGAAAAGUUAAAGAAGCUCUACCAGCUAGGUAUUGACCUCAGAAUCACCAAUAAUUCGGCAUUGGCCACCCACUACUACACGAUCCUGGAGCAACCUACCAAGACUUUCAAAAUUGCAUUACUGCGAGGGAUACCCAUUGUAAAUGACCAAUGGUAUGCAUUGGUCGAAAAACUGCCUGAAAAGGUGAAGGAAUGGCUACUUGACGUUGACUUGGCCAAAUUUGUACCAAACCAAGCGCAAUACCUAUUGCCUAAUAAAGCAAGAAGAAGCUUGCUUAAGGAUAUGACUGUUGUGACGUUCAACGGCGACUUUUCCAAACUCUCGAAAUGGAUCAACGCGUUGGGAGGAGUAUUAGUAAACUUAGAGUACGAGAAAUAUCUAAACGGCCAACAUUUGGAUGAUGCAGAUUUAUUCGAGGAUAUAAGGCUAGAAGUUGGUCAAUCGUCUUUCUUUGUGUUGAAUCUGAGUAAGACAGAGUCUUCGUUUGAUCUUAUAAGGAAAACUCUACAAGAACAGAAUUCCGAUCUUUAUGAUGAAGAUAUUCUUCUAGAGGCAGUUAAGAAAUGUUCUCUUGAUAGUAUACACUUGCUAACUCCCAAAGGUAUUAAAAGAAAACUUGACGCCCAACCAUCACAGAGUCAAAUCACUUCUCAAACUACAUCCACUCAAAGAAAGAGAAGAAAGUAUGAAAGAAAGGACAAGAUGCAUUUUUUCGACUUGAAAACACAAACACCUGAUCUAGAAGCUCCUCCUUCAAAAGAUGUGAAGGAUGCAGUGCCUAGUCAAACCACACAAGUUCAAGAUACUGACGCGAAGCCUGAUCAACAUAUCGAACACGAACGACAGCUGCCAGCUACUAGUACGGUGUUAAACGAAUCAGAUACCCCAGGAAGUUUGAAAGGUACUUCCCUAGAACAUGAUGUCCAGUCAAACAAAAUUGUUGAACCUGAAAUAACAUCUCGCCAAGGGACAUUAUCCCCACGAGAUGACCCAAUACAUUCGGCUACAGAAGAAAAAAGCCCAGAGUCGCUUGCAUCGCCCGAAGUUAGCAACAAUAUACACGAUACUCUUAAGAGGAAAUUACCGCAGGAAACAGAGGUUCCCAGAAAAAUACCAAAAAUCAAGGCAAAAGUUUCACUUGUGGAUGCUAUUAUCAAAACCAAGGAAAGUGCCACUAAAUCCACUAAACUUGAGUUCGGUAUAGAUGACGGUGAUCUGGAAGAAAUCAAUCAGAACUUGUCCAAUCUUGCAAUAGUCGAAGAAGUUGACAUUCCUCUUAGAAUCCCACCAUCCAGAAAAAACGCCGCUAAUGAACCUACCAAGAGCACCAAAAACUUCAAGAAGUUCACAAAAAAUAUUUCCUUGAAGUCAAGGGUGACACGAUCAUAUGUUGGAUUCGAUACAAUUGAGGUGGAUAAUGAGAUCCGAAUCACAGGUGGUGACAAUCCAAUCGAGGAAGUUGAGGAGCACUUGAAACAAGAAUUUGAGGGACACAUGCAGGGAAUAAAAACGAUUGAAACUAGCAUACCACAGCCCAGUUUGUUUGUGGAUGAGGACUCUCAGCCAGGAGAGUCGAUAGAGCCUAGCUACGUUAGACGCUCGGUUCCGUUUGGAAGAAAUGAAAAUACCAGCGCCACUGCAAGUAUUACUGCUCUGAACAAUGAUGAUGAUGAUGACGAUGAUGAUGAUGAUGAUGAUCAGCCAAAAUUUGGCUUCAGAAGAAAGCGAAGAUAA